GACUGAGGGGGCGGCGGGGCCGGCGGGGCCGGCCGGGUGCGGCGCGAUGCGGGGCGGCCGCCGCCUCUUCCCGCUGCUGCUCCUGGCGCUGCUGCCUGGGCUGUGCCACGGCAAGGAGCCGGCGCCGGGCGCCGUGACUUGCGGCUCUGUGCUGAAACUGCUCAACACCCGCCACAGCGUACGGCUCCACUCGCACGAGGUCAAGUACGGCUCCGGAAGUGGGCAGCAGUCAGUGACAGGAGUUGAAGCCUCAGAUGAUGCCAACAGCUACUGGCGUAUCCGUGGGAAGAGUGACAGCAGUUGCCAGCGUGGGACACCAGUGAAAUGUGGGCAAGCCAUACGACUCACGCAUGUUAACACUGGGAAAAAUCUGCACACUCAUCAUUUCCCAUCACCACUCUCCAAUAACCAAGAAGUAAGUGCCUUUGGGGAUGAUGGCGAAGGAGAUGACCUGGAUUUCUGGAUUGUGCAGUGCAGUGGGACUUACUGGGAGCGGGAGGAUGCCGUGCGCUUCAAGCACGUGGGGACCGAGGUGUUCCUGUCCAUCACGGGGGAGCAGUACGGCCACCCCAUUAGAGGCCAGCGGGAAGUUCAUGGCAUGCCUGCUGCCAACCACCACAACUAUUGGAAAGCCAUGGAGGGAGUCUUCAUCAAACCCAGUCUGGACCCUGCAAAACAUGAUGAGCUCUGAAUUGACACAGAAUCCAAAAUGCUUCGUUUGACUCCAGUGUUUGGAGAUGCUAAUCCUUGAUCUCUUCUAAGUCCUGCCUUGCUUGAGUGACUGAUUUUCUGUGUUACUGAAGGGCAUUAGUUCAUUCUAGGAAUGCAGCACUUCUGUGAGGAAUGGCUUCUGCCAGUUUCGGCCACUGACAUUUAUUUGGUGAAGUCCUUUCUGAAUUUCCAAGCUUUAUUGGUGAAACUAGUUCAUACAUCUGUUAGGUUUUGUUGUCAUUUGUUUGCUUGUUACUUUUUCUCAAAUUUGAAGGAAAUGAAAAAAUGAAAGUCAUACUUUUCUCUAGUCUCAAGUACAAUAAAACUUUGUAUUUUGUAAUCUUUUUCCAGCUAUAAUUAAAUAUUUAGAAACUGAUUUCUACAUCCUAGUGAAAGAAUGUUACUGAUGAGGAGAUGGAUUGAGUGUAGAAAUGGAAAAAUGGUUCUGAAAUACAGUGUUUUUUAAAUGACUUGCAGUCAGCUAUUCAGUCUGAGUUUAAAAAAGGUAUAUACAUUUGAAAAUUGCAUCCAAUGUCUUAUGAGAGUUUCAUUUUGUAUUGUAUUGGAAGAUUUGAAAAUAUUGUGUAUGUUGGAGUAAGAAGACAAAACUUUAAUAGUUUUACUUUGUCCAAGAAAUACAGAUGUUCUAGUAGCAGUGAUACAGCUGAUUGUCCAUUGGUAAGGCUACUCUGCUCUAUGAACAGGUGCAGAAAACUCCUGCUUGCUUAAUUAAUAUUGGAAUUUUACAGAGCUUCUUAUGGUGUAAAGGAACAGUUAAAUUUGGCUUACUUCUGUGUCACUCUACAAGAUCAGUAUGGUAAUCCAGGUGAAUAAAUAGUGAGGCAUA